AUGUGGGUAUUCAUAUUUUAUGGAGCAGUCAUUGCAGAUAGUGUAGCUUUAGGUGUCUACAUGACUAACACUCUUUCUACAUGUGAAUAUGUAGCAGACCAUAGCUCUUGCGAGCUAGGAGUCUGUGAAGACUUCAAGCAAGCUGAGAAGUACCUCAGGAUUUUGGAUAAUCUACUAAAAAUCAAGGGAAUAGCAAUCUGGAGUAUUUCCAGAUCUAAGACAAGGCCUCACUCUUUCAUCAUGGGUUGGGAGGAGUUCCUCGAACUUGGCUCCUAAGUUCAGGAGGAUUCUGUAAGAUAAGAGGAUAUCUUGUAUGAUAAGGUGUAGAAGCAAGUUUCUGGAAUAUGAUGCAACAUAAUCUAAGUAAGAGGCACUACAGGAAAUUCUAAAGGAGUCAUGUUGACUCAUUAAACGAUGCACUUUAUGCACAAUCAGUAUCUGAAGAGUUGAGAUACUGAAAAACUUGUAGAUGGAUAGGAGAGAGUCUUCUCUUAAUUCUCUCUGUCGCAUACUACAGCCCAAUUUUUUUAUCUUGGAUUUAACUAUGUAAGUAGGGUCCAGUUAUAUUUUGCUAGGCCUUGAGCAUUGCAAGGAAGCUUAGUCGGUAAGCGUUCUUCAAGACUAGGAAAGGAGUUUAGUUAAUCCUUGUAAGCAUUAAACCCUUGAUCUUGGAGAACAUUAUGAGGCAAGAUUAGACUUGUUUAGGAUAAACCCAAUCAUAAAAAUAGAUUUAA